AUGGGCCCCUGUACCGCCUCCUCAUGCUGCUGCCAGGCCCCUAAUCUGCCAUGGGCCCCUGUACCGCCUCCUCAUGCUGCUGCCAGGUCCAGAGUCUCUCAUGGGUCCCUGUACGGCCUCCCAUUGCUGCUGUCUCCAUCGCCCACUCUGCCAUGUGCCACUUUCAGGUCUCCUCACACACUGCUGGUGUGUUCCAUUUUUUGUCAUAGGGUGCUGGCAGAUUACGGGCCUCCCAUAGCUGCUGCCAGGCCCCUAAUCUGCCAUGGGCCCCUGUACCGCCUCCUCAUGCUGCUGCUGCCAGGUCCACAUGGGUGUCUCAUGCCAUGUGCAUGUGCCACUUUCAGGUCUCCUCACACUGCUGGUGUGUUCCAUUUUUUGUCAUAGGGUGCUGGCAGAUUACGGGCCUCCCAUAGCUGCUGCCAG